AUGGCACGGUCGAUUAGUGGAGUCUUCCUUGUAGUUGGGUUGGCGGUGACCCUACUCCUGCUGGCCCACCAGGCGAGUGCCCACGGCAGCCAUGCCGCGGCGCCCAAAUCCAAACUCCAAAUCAAGGCCCACAAGGUGGAGGCCAUCAGCAUCGGAGCCACGCCGGCAACGCUCCAGAGGUCUGGCGAGUGGGUCGUGGUGUCGUGGCGCGGGGUGGACUCGCCGAGCGCGGGAGACUGGAUCGGCGUUUACUCGCCGGCCAACGCCAGCGUGACCACCUCUGUACCCAUCAAGUACAAGUUUGCUGAUGAGUCGACGAAUUAUCUGUCGACGGGAGCCGGCAGCGUUCGAUUCCGCCUGACCAACAUGCGGGCCGACUACGCGUUCCACUUCUUCAGGCACGGCAUCACCCGUCCGACCCUCGUCGCCACCUCCAACGCCGUUACAUUCGUCAACUACAACGAGCCGAUGCAGGGCCGCUUGAUGCUGACCGGCCGCCAGAACGAGAUGCGCGUCAUGUGGACCACCCGCGACGCCGUCCGCCCGCAGGUCAAGUUCGGCACCUCGCCUGGUAACUACGAUCAGAGCGUGGGCGCCGCCACGUCGACCUACAGGAAGGAGCACAUGUGCGGCGCCCCUGCCAACGCGGAGGGCUGGCGCGACCCCGGCCUCCUCCACAGCGCGGUCCUCUCCAACCUCCGCCCUGACACGAGGUACUACUACGUCUACGGUGACCCGACGUUCGGUUUCAGCGCCGAGGCCUCGUUUGUGUCCGAGCCCCACCCUGGCCAAUCGGACCGCGUGAUCCAUCUCUUCGCCUUUGGUGACAUGGGCAAGACCACUCAGGACAACUCGACGGAGCACUGGGACAGCGAACUGGCGUCCAUCAACACGACGACCCUCAUCGCUAAGGAUCUGGAUGCUCGCCCCAUGGACCUUCUUCUCCACAUUGGCGACAUUGCGUACGCGGUGGGCUACGGCGCGCAGUGGGACGAGUUCCACGACCAGGUGUCGGCCAUCUCCACGCGGCUGCCCUACAUGACCUGCAUCGGCAACCACGAGCGCGACUUCCCCAACUCCGGCUCCCGCUACAACGGAAGCGACUCUGGCGGUGAGUGCGGUGUUGCGUAUGAGGCUCGUUACCCGAUGCCCACGCCGGCGAGGGAUCAGCCGUGGUACAGCUUCGACUACGGCUUCAUCCACUUCACCUUCAUGUCCACCGAACACGACUUUAGCAUCGGCAGUGUGCAGUGGAAGUGGCUCGAGGAGGAUCUGAAGAAGGUCGACCGCGUCAAGACGCCCUGGGUGGUCUUUUCUGGCCACCGGCCCAUGUACAUCGACUCGCAGGGUGACAUCGGCGACGCUGCCGAUCAGCCCGUUGCGCGCGAGCUCCGGGCCAAUGUCGAGGACCUGCUGUUCAAGUACCAGGUCGACCUCGCCCUCUGGGGCCACCACCACUCCUACCAGAGGAGCUGCCCUGUCUACAAGGGCACCUGCAUUCCGUCCGGCCGUGCGCCCACCCACGUCGUCAUUGGCAUGGCGGGCUUCAGUCUCACGACGAACCUGGAGCUGGAGAAGCCCACGUGGGCGCGUGUGGUGAACGACCAGGAGCACGGCUACACACGUCUCGCCGUCACGCGCUCGCGCCUCGAGAUGGAGUUCAUCAGCGACGUCGACACCCGCGUCAAGGACCACUUUGCCCUCUACAAGUAA